GGGAGCCCCGGAGGGGAAAUGCAUCCUGAAUGGGGCUGAGGCCCCCUGCUCGGGAAUAUGCAGCCUCGGCACCGCGGGGGCAGCACCAGGGCAGCGGCCGGAGCGCGGCGGGAUGGUGGCAACCUUCAAGAUCGCCGUGCUGGGAGCCCAGGGCGUGGGCAAGAGCGCCAUAGUCCGGCAGUUCCUGUACAACGAGUUCAGCGAGGUCUGCGUGCCCACCACGGCCCGCCGCGUCUACCUGCCCGCCGUGGUCAUGAACGGCCACGUGCACGACCUGCAGAUCAUGGACUUUCCCCCCAUCACCGCCUUCCCUGUCAACACCCUGCAGGAGUGGGCAGACGUGUGUUGCAGGGGGCUCCGGAGUGUCCAUGCCUACAUCCUGGUCUAUGACAUCUGUUGCUUUGACAGCUUCGAGUACAUCAAAACCAUCCGCCAGCAGAUCCUGGAAACAAGGGUCAUCGGCACCUCGGAGACGCCCAUCAUCAUCGUGGGCAACAAGCGGGACCUGCAGCGGGGCCGGGUCAUCCCGCGCUGGAACGUCUCCAACCUGGUGAAAAAGACGUGGAAGUGCGGCUACAUCGAGUGCUCGGCCAAGUACAACUGGCACAUCCUGCUGCUCUUCAGCGAGCUCCUCAAGAGCGUGGGCUGUGCCCGCUGCAAGCACGUCCACACCACCAUCCGCUUCCAGGGCGCGCUGCGCAGGAACCGCUGCACCAUCAUGUGAGCCCCCCGCCCCGGGACCCCCCAAACCCGGGGAUGGUUCUGCUGCACCAUCAUGUGAGCCCCCCGCCCCGGGACCCCCCAAACCCGGGGAUGGUUCUGCUGCACCAUCAUGUGAGCCCCCCGCCCCGGGACCCCCCAAACCCGGGGAUGGUUCUGCUGCACCAUCAUGUGAGCCCCCCGCCCCGGGACCCCCCAAACCCGGGGAUGGUUCUGCUGCACCACCACAUGAGCCCUCCCUGCCCAGGGAGCCCGGGGCUGCUCAAACUCGGGGAUGGUUCUGCUCCCCGGGCGGUGGGAGCUGUGCUGGGGGCACCUCCGGGCUUGCUGAGGUGACAUUUGGGGACGGGGCACCUUGGGCAGGGUGUGCAGGGGGAUAGUGAGGGGUGAGGGAUGGCCCUGAGCUCUCUGCAAGCCUCCAGAGCUUGAGGCCAAAGCCCUCCCAGGGUCACUGGAGGGUGGAGGAGGUGCCCAAAUUUUUGGCUGUCACUUCAUCCUUGCCAGUUCCUGCCCUGGCAGCACAGGGGCAAUGCCUGGUGCUGCCUGCCUGCCAUCACCUGCUCCUGGAAGGGAAUUAUCCAGCACCUGUAUCCCGCUGUUCUGGGGCUGGUUCUGUCUCUGGGACACAGGGAAACAGGAGUUCUGCGUUUCCCCUUGUGGAGCUGGGGUCUCUCCCUGUGGAGGGCAGAGCAGCCAGGUUACAUGGGCUGUCUCUUGGCUUGGUCAGGUCAGAUUUCCAGGUGGAAUUUCUGGAUGAAAGCAAGAAAGGGGAAAAAAAAAAUAAAUCCCAAUCCUGCUCCUGACAUCCCCAGAGGCUGGGUUCUGCCCUCCCAGGGCUCUGAGCUCCCCUCUACCCUGGCACAGCCCCAGCCCAGGAAGGCUUCUCCUCUGCCCAGCCUGUGAGCACCAAAUAAUCUGGGAGCACUCCUUGCUGGGCAGGUCACCCCUCUGCUACCUCUCGUCCUGGGCUCAGCAGGUGACCAGCCUUGCAUGGCUUCACCCCAGCCCCGGGGUGUCCCGGGCAGGUGGGCAGCCCCCCUGUACCCCUGUGUCCCCCGUGCCCCCUGUGCCCCUGGCAGUGCCACCAGGUCCCACCCGCCGGGUUUUCCCACAGGGAUGUUGCCUUGGCAGCAACAAGGAGCUGGAGCAGCACUUCCAGCUGCAUUCUUGGUUGUUUUUUUUUCUCUCUGCAUAUCCCUAAUAGGAAAGUGAGCCCCCCAUGUUGGUUUUUUCUUUAAUUAUUAUUUUUUAAUCUUCUGGUUUGUGUUUGCGCCAGGGCUGCAGCUCGCCUGCAUCCUGCCCUGCAGGGUGGGUUGGCAGAGGGCAGCCCCUGCUAGGAAAUGAUGAUGGGGUGGUGAAGGGAGAGCAAGAGGCCAAGAGGGUUGUGGUUUCUCCAUGGCUGGUCCCUGUGAGACACAGGGAAACACCAUCCUCACCUGCUGAGGCAGGAUCUGUGUCUGCUCCAUCCUCCAGCACAACCAUCUCUGUGAUUCCUGCUGUCACAAGGAGCUGGAGGGGUUCAGCCCUGCCCUGGGCAGCAAAACAGGACACCCAGCCCUCUGCCACCACAGCCAGGUGUCCAUGGCCCGGCAGCUCCACUGUGCUCUUGGAAUUGCUUCCCAUUAAAGGCAGCUCCAGCUGAGCUCCAGUGCCUCUCACUGCCCCAUCCCUGUGCCAGGGCUGGGGGUACAUCCUGCUCCUCCCUCCCUGCUUGGGGAAUCAAACCCCUUGCUCCAAAAUUAAAAAAAAAAAAAAAAAAAGGGAAAAAAUUAGGAAAGGCAGUGGGGGGAGAGGGAUCCAUCUCAGCCAGGAAGGGCAGUGGCACUUGUCACCAUCCCUUGCCUUCAUGGCAAACCUGGCUCCCCUGUCCAAGCUCAUCCUGUCAGGAUUAAACACACUUUUAAGUCCACUUAUGGAUCUCUGGCUUGAGCUUUAUCCCUCCAAAUUGUCUGAGAAGGAAAUUCCUUGGUAAAUGCUAAUAAUAAAGCAUUUAUAAAGUGCUCACACGUACACAUAUCAACAACUAAGCCAAUACAUUGUUUGUUAUAACCCUGUAGCCUGCAGUUUAUAGCACAAUUAGUUACAGGUUUUUAUAGCAUCUAUUUAGUAUUUUGAAGAAAAAAAAAAGAAAAAAAAAGGUUAUAAAUAUAAUUGUUAUAUUCUAUUGUAAUUUAUAGACAGAGGAAGUUAUAUUAGUAAUAAUAACAACUCUCACUGCUUUGUCAGCAUUUCCCAGCUCCCGGGAAAACGAGAGGGCUACAAAGAGCUCCUCUGCCCAGAGCCCAGGAAGGGGUAGGUGGUGGUGGUGGCACCCUGGGUGCAGGCAGAGAACCCCAGGCAGGAAGAUCCCAGGUGUCCAGGCACAGGGAUUGGAGCACGGCAGCAACCACGAGCGCCCCACGGCCCUACUCACACCUUACUACAGAUUUACCACUCACCCAACGCCACCCUGGUCCUGCUGAGAGCAGCCUGGGCCUGGCCCAGGCUGGCAUGGCCCCACUGCUGUGCCCAGGGCAGUGCCAGGUCUCUGCCCCCGUGCUCGUGGAGGUGAUGCCUGGGUUCGGUUCGGCCCCACCAAGGAUGCUCCCCUCUCCCUCUCCUCCUCCUCCUGCCCCACUGAGCAUCCCAGUUGCCUGGACUUGGCUUCCCUUUCUCCCCUGGACUCCUUGUUGGAGAUUCCCGAGGUGUCUACACCGCCUGUGAUGCCCUGCACCUCCUUCUUUGAAAUUGAAUUAAAAAUCAGGUCUGUCCCCUUG